UGAAAUAAAUAGUGAAAGUUGAGAGUUCUGUUUGUUGCAUCGACCGUCUCAACUCUGUGUCUUGCCUGACAAAAGCUGACCAGCUGGAAACUCCAAUCGCUGCCACCAAAUUCCAUAUUUGAUAGUUGGGACACCUAGUCUCACCGUUUAAGACACCCCACCAAGCCGGUCCUAAUAUAAAACAGCCAUGGGUUCCCUUCUAAGCUCCAACAAGUUAAGCCAGGAAGAUACCCAAAUGGCACUUGACAAGGUCAAGCACAUCGUUUCCUCCACCCCCGUUGUUGUGUUCAGUAAAACCUAUUGUGGGUAUUGUAAUAGGGUUAAGCAGCUGUUUGCUCAGUUAAAAGCUUCUUACAAGGCCAUUGAAUUGGAUCAAGAAAGUGAUGGUGGUGAAAUGCAAGCAGCUCUGGCAGAGUGGACUGGGCAGAGGACAGUACCUAAUGUCUUCAUUGCAGGAACACAUAUUGGUGGCUGUGAUUCUGUUAUUGCCAAGUAUCAAGCAGGUCAGCUUCUGAACCUCCUCUCAGAUGCUGGUGCCAUGACUGUCGAUCUCAAUGCCUGACACCAAACCUUUCUGCACACAAUAAACAGCAAAGCAAUUUUCUUUGCAGUGGAACCAUACCAGACUUCAUAUCCCUUUUCAAUACAUAAUGUUUCUACUUAAAACUGCUUCAAUAAUGAUAUGCAACAAUUUGGUA